CGCUUCUGUGAUGAGAACCUGGCCAGACCAGGUACAAUAUUUGGGCCAGCCCCUCCUUUCUCCCUGGUUCAUCGUGAAGCAGGCCUUGGUGCUGCACAGCCGCCCUGCCCCACACCUGGUGGGCCUCGUCAGAAGUCUUUGGGUGGAGCUGGCGCAUCUAGAGCCCACUGAGGCACAGGGGGAAGAACCACCUCCAGAGCUCAAGCGCACUCCAGAGCCAGAGGAAGGGCCUGCUCCUGGGCUAGAGCCUGGUCCAGCUGUGGGGGUGCUGGAGCCAUCUGGACCACCAGCUCUGAUCCGAAUCCCAACAGCAGAGCCAGCUGCACCCCCAACAACUGACUACCCCCGGGCUGGGACCCCUAAGCACCUUAUAAGGGGGGAGAAGCUUAACAUCCCGACCUUCCCUCCAAGGCUGGUGGCCGAGCAACUGACAGCAAUGGAUGCGGAGCUGUUCAAGAAGGUGCUGCCCGACCAGUGCCUGGGCUCCGUCUGGUCCCAGAGGAGGAAGCCGGGCAAGGAGCACGUGGCCUCCACUGUCAGUGCCACCGUCAGGCAGUUCAACCGUGUGGCCACCUGUGUGAUCACCACCUGCCUUGGGGACCCAAGCAUGAUGGCCCGGGACAGGGCCAACGUGGUGGCGCACUGGAUGAAGGUGGCCAAGGAGUGCAGAACCCUAAGAAACUUCUCCUCCCUGCACGCCAUCCUCGCUGCUCUGCAGAGCGUGGCUGUCCAUCGAUUGAAGAAAACAUGGGGGAAAGUUUCCAGGAAGCGGGCACUGACAAUAAAAUAACUCUGCAUGAAGGACAACAUACUGAGCAGGGAACAGUUCAUCAAGGUAGA